AUGGAACAGUUAGCUCGUAAAAUUAAUGUGCAAGUGCCCGAGUACUCUACGUACAUGCAUACCAUAAGGUCCACACAUAGAGAAUGCUAUGCUUCACUAGGGGAUUCUAAUGAGUCUGAAACUUGUCUGAAGCUGUUACAUGACAUUCUGUUCCCAUAUGUAGCAGAUAAUUUGCAGAAUUAUCUAGAAACACACUUUGAUGAUGAUGGUUGUUUAUGUGAUAUAGAGUCUUUGAGGCAAUUGGCAAAGCAGGAUGAAGAAUCAAAAGUUAUUGGUGCUACAAGGAUUUCAAACACAGAUGCUGACAAAGAUGUCAUAAUUCAAGAUGUUGUUGCAAAUGUGAAGUGGCAGAUGUCACUGAAUCGUAAAACUACAGCCCUGAAACAGUUACAGGGUCAUAUAUGGAAGGAAGCAUAUAAGCUUGGAGAAAUUAAAGGAGAGCUUUUCAGUGAUGUUGUACCUGUUUUGCAUCAGUUGAAAGAAAUGGGCAUGAAACUUUACAUUUAUUCUUCAGGAAGCAUUGAAAGCCAAAAACUCCUUUUUUCUCACAUACCAGAAGGAAAUAUUAUUGAUUUAUUCUCUGGAUUUUUUGAUACUCUAACUGGCAGUAAAGUGGAAAGUGAGAGUUACAAGAAAAUAGCUGAAGAAAUAAAUGUAAAAGCUGAUGAAAUUAUGUUCCUUACAGAUAAUCCUAAAGAAGCUGCAGCGGCAACAUCUGCUGGUAUUAAGUGUUAUAUUGUUAUACGAGAUGGAAAUGAAGCACUAUCUGAAGAUGAUCUCAGUAAAUUCUGUACAAUUCAUAGUUUCACUGAACUUAUGAACAACGAAGAAUCAAAACCCCCAGUUUCUAAAAAGAAGAACUUAAAAACUGAGGAAUAAAGCAAAUUUCUACAGGUUUUUUAAAUUUCAUUAUGUAAACUGAUUUUCAGAAAGAAAUUCAUUAUUGUUGUAAAGCAUAUAUAGUAGAUCAGUGAUUCAAACUCACCUUCUAUCAUUAUAAUUUGUAUUUUAUGUAAGUUACUCAGAUACCAGACUAUAUCUGAGUUAAUGAAAGCAAGCUUUUUUUAAAAUAAAAAUCAACUUUUGCUUUACAUUUUA